GCAUAUAUAUUCCGCUUUUGCCUUUUGGUAUGUGGUACUUGUAUCUCUCUCUCUCUCUCUCUCUCUCUCUCUCUCGUCUUGAAUAUUUCAGACCAAAGGCGGGUCCUUCGCGAGGGUUCCGCUUUCUCGUCCAUAUAUUACGUGCGUUGGGAAAAUUCCUAGGCUUUGUUGGGCUUUAAUCUCUCCAAUUAUGAUUCGCGUAUGAAGAUUCAUUGAUCUGGGUUUUCUAAAAAAGGUCUGAUUUUGGUUUAUUAUUGGGUGGAGUUGCUUGACUAAUGGUGGGUUUGUGUCUGGGGUUGUAAAAGUUCAUGGCUUUGGGUGUUGUUUCUAAUGAAUUUGGUUGAAUUGUUGAUUUGGGGUUGUAAAAGUUCAUAUGCCAGUGGCGCGUAUCGAUUCAUUGUAGCGGCAUAGGUGGAUUUGAAGAUUAGUUUCUGGUUUGGUGUUCAUCUAAUAAGUUGUUUGGUAUUGAAGGUUCUAGGAGGUUUCAUUAUUAGUGACUUUUCUGUAUUUUCAGAGUUCUUUUGGAUCAUUGGUAGGUUCAUGGCAACUGCGUGAGUUGUAUUGUCUUGGUGAUUCUGAGGAGGUUUUGUCACAUCACAAUGCCUUCUACGGAUCAUCAGGGCUCUUCUGUGCCUUUUGCCUCGUUUCGUCGCCCAAUUUUAAGUCUUAGGAGUGAUCAGGUGCAUUCAAUGGAACCAAACCACGAUUCUGAUGCCCGUGACUCAGAGCUUGAGUCUUUUCAAAAGCAGGUCUGCAGUCGAUUUCACGAUCUCUCAGCCGUAACUGCUGAUGAAUUUCUUUCCGCUGCAUGGAUACAAAAGGUAUUGAACGCUUUCCUUAGUUGUCAAGAAGAGUUUAGGGUUAUUUUGUGCAACAAUAGAGCACAUCUCUCAAAACCCCCUCUAGAUAAGCUCAUUGCUGAAUUCUUUGAGAAGAGCAUUAAGGCCCUUGAUAUAUGUAACGCAAUUCGUGAUGGGAUUGAGAAAAUACGACUAUGGCAGAAGCACUUGGAAAUUGUUCUUUCUGCCUUGAAUUCUCGUCAGAGGACGAUUGGUGAAGGUCAGUUCCGUCGAGCAAGAAAAGCUUUAAUGGAUUUGGCACUUGUGAUGUUAGAUGAGAAGGAAACCGGAUCUGUCUUUUCCCAAAGAAACCGGUCAUUUGGACGUCACAACACAAGCAAGGAUCACCACCAUCGCCAACCGGGGCAUUCACGUUCACUCUCUUGGAGUGUAUCGCGUUCUUGGUCCGCAGCCAAACAGCUCCAGUCUAUUUCGAACAAUCUGGUCCCUCCGCGUGGGAAUGAGAUUGCAGCUACCAGUGGGCUUGCAGUCCCCACUUUUACGAUGAACUAUUUGCUGAUGUUUGUGCUGUGGACUCUGGUUGCAGCGAUCCCUUGUCAGGAUCGAGGCCUCCAAAUCCACUUUACAUUCCCCCGGCAAUAUUCAUGGGGGAGUCCAUUGCUUUUGCUUCACGAUCGGAUUAUGGACGAAUCUAAGAAGCGCGAGCGCCGGAAUUCCAAUGGGUUGUUGAAGGAGAUUUAUCAGAUGGAGAAAUGCAUUCGUCAGAUGACAGACUUGGUAGAUUCAAUUCAAUUUCCAUUGACUGAGGAACAGAGGGAAGAAGUUGAAAAGGGUGUGAACGAACUAGGGAUGGUUUUCGAUGCUUGUAAGAAUGGACUGAAUCCGUUGGAACGGGAAGUGAGGGAAGUGUUCCGGAAGAUCAUGAGUUGCCGAACUGAGGGGCUUGAGUUAUUGAGCAGGGGGAACACUUCUGGGUAAAUUUCAUGUCGGGAAACAGCUGCGAAGGAUCAAAUGUAAAGAAAUCGCGGAUGUGGUGUUAUUUCAGCUUUCCGCAUGCUUAUUCUAUGGAAGGAAGGACUCAGAUGUUUAGCAAGAAUAAAACGAUUUGGCAGGUAAACAUCUUGUUGGUAGACCAUAUUUAGAGAACACAAAAAGUUUGUUGUAUUUUCCUAUUUUAUGAAACUGCUGUCAGACUUGCUUUGGGGUUGUAUACAGUUUCCUUUUUCUUUC